AUGGCUCCAGGCAACUCCAAGUCAGCAGGGAAGUUUGUGAAUCCGAAGUCCAAGACCAAUUCAUCUAAGGGCAAGAAGCGCCGCUCGUCCGAAAAGACUGUUCCCAAGCGAAAGCUUCCAGAUGCGGUCCGCGAGUUCGCCGAGAAGCGGAACAUUGAGGUCGCUGAUGACGAUAGCGACGAAGGCACUAAGAAGCCGGCCAAGAAACGUAGGAAACCUGUCCCGUCUUAUGAUGACUUCGUUCCGCGCGAGAUGCCCAUACCUCGAGAUUACGGAGCAGGUUUUGCAGCGAAGUCAACCGCCCAUCUCACGUGGGGAGCCCCCAUUCUCUUCCAGCCUGUGGCUUCAUUCACAGAGCAGGCCUCCGGCAGGCCGAGUUCUUCUGGCAUUGCAAAGGGCAAAGGCAAGGCCAGGCGCAAAGGAAAGAGAGCUGCCAGUCCUUGUCAUCCCUUCUUGACUGACAGUGAGGACGACGACGCCACACCCGUCCCAGAAUCUCGCAGGUCGACAACCAGAAGGGCGAAGACCAGUACCACCCCCGACAUCGACGACACGCUCCCGGGCGAGAUCUUCUUCAUGAAGUUCCCUGCUGAGAUCAGGAUGGAAAUCUACAGACAUCUUCUCGUGGCUGGAGAUCCGGUACAAGUCCGACAGGGCUGGUCUACGCUGUACCCGAGAAACCGCCCUUGCCUCGAAACCUCCAUCUUGCGCGUGUCUCGCCAAGUCAGAAAUGAGGCCAUCAACGUUCUCUACGGAAAGAACGUCUUUCUCUAUCUCCUGAGAGAGACCGCAGCGGUCCCCGUGUCCAAUGACCCAGAUGGACUUGCAGACGACCACUUCGUCGAGUACGAUGGUGAGAGCGAUCCGGAGUACGACGAAGAAGUCCCAGUCACAGGAGCGAACCGAGAUCCCCAGGUCGAGAUCGACAUCAAGCGCUUCGGUCACAAGUUUCGACGCAUCAAAAUCCUUGCGGAGCCGAAUCGGUAUGAGAAGGGCUACUUGCAGAGUAUGGCCAACGCCAUUUCGGUGUUCCGCAAUCUGAAGCCCAUCAAGUGCAGAAUCCAUACCAUCGAGGUCGAGAUCACGCCGAGACUCGACAAGGAAAGCGGAGGUCUCUCCUUCCUCAACUUCUUUGAGAAAUCCUCUCCGGUCAUGAAAGAGUUGAGGGGCUUGCCCUGUCAGUUCAUCGAGAUCGUCGUGAACACCAGCAGCGAAACCCAGGAGCGCAUCAAGGUUAACCUGAAGUAUGCGGCCAACGUUCGACGAGCCCGCCGUGGCGAGCAUCCUCUCCGCGACGACGACGAAGCGAUGCAAAAGUACACGAGCGAGGAGGCUGGCGCUGCUCAGGGACUGCUCGACAACCUCGGAUCUUCAAUCCAGAAGCUUUGGGACGCGCAGAACCAGAAAGCUGAGAAGGAAGAGGACUCGGAGCAGGAGGGCGAAAACGAGGAGGCCGUUGAGUGGCUUUGGGGGCAAGACUACAACUGA